AUGCCUCCCGCCCGGCUGGUGCCGUUCGAGCAGGGCUCGGAUCCGCCACCCGGUACGCGCCAACUCCUGCUGGAGUUGGGACCCGACCGCUUCGCCCAGUGGGUGUGGGACCGCAAGUGCUCUGCUGAUGCUGCCCGAGCCUCCAACGCGGCGGGCUACACCAGCUACCCGGACAACGUCGUGCGCGAUUUCACGAUCGAAGCCGCCCGGCAGGGCAUCGAUGUGUUCCGGGUCUUCGACUCGCUCAAUGACGUGAGGAACAUGGAGGUGGCCAUCGAUGCGGUACGCAGCACGCACGCGUCUGCGAGGGCCCGCCAUCUGUGUACCAACUCAAACACCGGCGACAUCCUCGAUCCGAGCCGUCCCAAGUACAGCCUCGACUACUACGUGGACCUGGCCGGCCAACUCAAGGAUAUGGGCACGCACAUGCUCUGCAUCAAGGACAUGGCGGGGCUGUGCCGACCGUAUGCAGCCGCCCGUUGGUGGGCGACCCUGAUCAAGGGCGGCGAGGCCGGGAUCGAUGUGAUCGACGCGGCCGUGGCGGCGGUGUCGGGCUCGACCAGCCAGCCGAACCUCAACACGAUCGUUGGUUCUCUCAAAGGCACGGAGCGCGACACCGGGCUCAGACCGACGCCUUUGGGCGACUGUUCGCUCUACUGGGAGACGGUCCGCACCUAUUACAGGCCGUUCGACAACUCGCCCAAGUCCGGGAGCGCCCGGCUAUACGACCACGAGAUCCCGGGCGGCCAGUUCACCAACCUCCAGCAGCAGGCCGCGGCCCUGGGUCUCGGUCAACGCUGGCGGGAGGUCGAGGAGAUGUAUGCGGAUGUCAACCGGAUGCUGGGCGACAUCGUCAAGGUGACUCCGUCCAGCAAGGUGUUAAGAGGCGAUUUGACAACGUUCCAGAGGCCUGUCGGGUCGGUAGGAAAAUAG